AACCUGGCCACACCUCCGGGAUCACUCAACAGCUCCGCCUCCUCGCCGCUGAUUGGCCACCGGAACUGUAGCUCAGGAGAGGCACACAGGCGGCCAAUCACCGGCGAGGAGGUGGAGCUUGGAGAGGAGGAGCCGAGCGGCAGCGCGCCGAGAUCGAAGAAAGAGAAGGAAGACAGCCGACAGGCUGUAGAUGGGAGAUUUUGCGAGCUGGAGCCAGGAGUCAAAGGUAAGUAUCAUUGGUGUCAGUGGAGGGAUAGUGCCCCAGGUGUGGAGCAGGAUCAG